GGAAAUGUGACGCACCCGCGCAAAGGCACAAGGGAAGUGUUUAUAAUAAGUUGGGACGCUUCAGCGGCACAAAUUUUCCUCAAGAUGCACAACUGGCAGGAGAACGAAAUCGAGAAACUGUUGACGAUCCGGGCGUCGGAGCCGAUCCGUCACCUGAUCACGGGCACGGUGAAGGACUCGGUGGUGUACCAGAGGAUGAGUAAACUGCUGGCGGAGAGGGGGGUCUACAGGACUCACAUGCAAGUUAUCAGCAAGCUGAAGGCUCUGAGGAAGCAGUACCUCAAAUAUCACCAGCUACAGUUACGCUGCGGGAGCGAACACGUCACCUGGCCGUUUUACGAACAGUGCCACAGGGCUUUUGGGAACGGGCCUCUCCCCGUUAAACGAUCCAGGAGUCCCUCUCCGCCUUCUGCACGCCCACCCCCAGAGCAGCUCUCUCCUCCGCCGCCGCCGCCUCCACCGCCUGACAUCAGCGAUGAGCAUAACGAGGUUGUAGUCGGCCUCUGGGACGAAGAUGAUGACAAAGACAUCGACAAACACCUCGGUCCGGUGGAGACUGAGGAUCAAGAUGAUAGGUACAGCCCACCGGAACCGUUACAGUCAAUCAACAGCACGUUCAAAGUUCCUUCAAAGAGAAGGAGAGCCUCAGUGAUGGACCAGGUCUCAGCUUUAGUCAGGACGACAGUAUCUCAUCUCAAAGAGAUGGAUGCAUCCAUGCAGGCACAAGAAGACGCCCGGUUACAGAGGCUCAUGGACCACGAGAAAGAAAUGCAGAACAGUCUUAUGUGUCAGCUGCUAGCCAUGCAUGAUCGGAUCAGCCGAGAAAACCACGAGAGACACAUGGAGCUGGUGGACAGGAUUCUCUCUAGGUUCCCCUCACAGCCAGGACCCUCAGGUCAAUGACUCACACUGUAUUUGACAGUAUACCACAGGUUUUUCAGGUGUCCCUCCUUUACCAGCUGACGAGUGCCUAAGCCCUCAUUUCUUAUAUAUUUUUAUUGUAUUUUGUAACAAUGUCAGGAACACUAAUUGUUUGAGAUCAUCUCACCUUUAGCCAUGACUCUGCAUGUGUAGCUGAUAUGAAACCAGGUAAAAUGCAAGCCACAUCUGGUCUGUAA